UAGCCUUGCUCCCAAGGACUUGUGUGUGGCUGUGGAUCGAGCAGAAUCAGGUGACCAGUGGAAGGCAGAUCUCAGCUGGAGCCUACAGCAGGGGAUGGAACAGAUUCCACACAAGUUCCUGAUCUCCUACUGCAGUGAAGGGGGUGAACCCCAGACCAUCUCUACAGAGUCCUGCAGCACAACUCUUACAGGCCUGCAGCCAGAAACGCAGUACACUGUUACUGUUACUGUCUGUGCGGAUCCCUAUAGUGGAACUGAGGAGAAGAUUGCCAGUAUAUCUGCCACCUUCCACACAAGUGAACUGAGGAUUGUGCUGCUUGGGAAAGCUGGUGAUGGGAAAAGCAGCACUGGGAACACCAUCCUGGGAGAAGACGUCUUCAAAGUGCUGAGUUCCCCAAACUCUGUUACAAACAAGUGUGAAGCAUGCAGCAGAACUGUCAACGGGCGAAAGAUCAUUGUGGUUGACACUCCAGGAUUUCUUGAUGCAACUGUGGAAGAUGAAGAGGAACAAGAAAUAAAAACUGAGAUAAGAAAAUGCCUGUCAUUAAGUUCCCCAGGACCCCAUGCCUUUAUCAUUGUGUUAAAAACUGGAAGAUUAUCGCAAGGGAACAUAGAAGUUAUACAGAAAACUUUGGAAUCAUUUAAGUCAAAUGUUUUGGAGCAUAGUUUGAUUGUCUUUACAUUUGGGGAACAACUGAAGGUGAAUGACCUGACCAUUAGGCAGUUUGUUGAAGCCAGACCAAGUCAAUCCAGGCUAAGUCAGAAAAAAAAAGAGCCGAGAAAAUCUCCACUGAAUGAUAUCGUAGAUAAAUGUGAUGGUCGCUACUAUGUAGUAGACAAUCAUUGCUGGCAAGAGGAGCAGGAGGGUGAAUACAGCAACAGGAGGCAGAUAGAGAAGCUGUUUAACACUAUACUUGAGAUGGUACAGAGUAAUGAAAGAGGAUAUUACACUGAGGAUCAGGCUGCAGGGGCAAUGGGCUCACCGGUCUGA